AUUCGAGGAAAUAACGAAUGUGAUAAUAAAGGAACAAUCUAUAAUUUUCUAGGUAGUAUAGCCUCAUUCGCCGUUGGGCUGAUAUUAACAUGGACAUCGCCCGUAUUCCCGAAACUUAACAACAGUACAGGUAUCUUGGACGAUAAUCCUUUUGAUGCACCCAUUACCACUGAAGAACAGUCCUGGAUAGCAUCUUUUCUAUCAUGUGGAGCUAUUUUUGGACCAUUUGUAGCAGGAUUCCUUGUCGAUAGAAUUGGACGUAAAUGGACUUUAGUUUGCGCGUCUGGUGUUCCCCUAACAGCAGCAUUUCUAAUGUUAGCAUUUGGUAGAACCCCAGUUGUAUACUACGUGGCGAGGUUCAUCGGCGGUUUAGGAAUGGGGGUAGUUUUUACUGCUUUGCCCAUGUAUAUAGGGGAAAUAUCUGAAGCACCAAUAAGAGGAACCAUGGCAUCGUUUUUCAAUAUUUUUAUGGUUAGUGGAGAACUAGCUUCUUACGCUUUAGGACCUUAUAUACCGAUCAUGUGGUUCAGCAUAAUUUGCGCUAUAUUUCCUGCUGCAUUUGUGAUUUUGUUCUCGCUUUUCCCGGACAGCCCUCAUUAUUACAUUUCGAAAAACAAUAUUCCUGCUGCUGAAUCAUCCCUUGCAAAACUUAGGGGUACAGACACAGCGGGGAUUAAAAAAGAGUUUGCUGUAAUAAAGGAGAGCGUCGAAAACGAUAUGAAAAAUAGAGGCACAAUAGCUGAUGUGAUAAAAAAUCGUGGUUUGAGGAAGGCCUUGUUGAUAUGCUUGGGGCUAGUAACCUUGCAACAAUUGUCAGGUAUCCAAACUGUUUUAACAUACGUGACGAAUAUUUUUAAUGCUUCUGGAAGCUCCAUGGAUUCCGACAUUUCUUCUCUCAUAGUUGGCAUAGUCCAAUUUGCGACAGGUUUUACGACCCCUGUGUUUGUAGACCGGCUGGGGAGGAAAAUGCUGUUUUUGAUAUCAGCGGUAGGAAUGGUGAUAUCGGAAGUACCACUCGGGGUUUACUUCUAUUUAGAAGAGAAUGACCAUGAUGUGAGCAAUAUCGGAUGGUUACCUGUUGUUUCUAUGAUCGCUUAUAUUAUUACAUACAAUUUUGGUUUUGGCCCGUUACCCUGGACGGUUAUGGGCGAGGUAUUCCCAGCUAAUGUGAAAGCUGCUGCUUCUACAAUAACGGCAAGUUUCUGCUGGAUUAUGGGAUUCGUUGUAGUACGAUUUUUCGGUAAUCUACAAGACGCUGUUGGUCUGGGUAUGACCUACUGGAUUUUUUCAGCUUUCUGUUUCGUGGCAAUAUUCUUCACCCUUUUCUUCGUCAUAGAAACGAAAGGGAAAACGUUUGCCGAAAUUCAAGAAAUAUUAAACCGAUGAGAGUGCUAUUAUAACGACUAUUUUCCCAACUGAGUAAUUGUAAAGCACGCAGCUGUUGUACCGAAAGACUAUUACAUAAUACGUAUUAUUGUGAUAUAUUAUUAUACUGAAUAAGAGAGAGGAACAAAUAAAUUUAUUUUGAUACAGUUUUAUUAAAAUAUGAUAAUCGAUUGACAAACCCAGAGUUACUUUUCUAAUUAUAGGUAUAAUUUAUUUAAAAGUGUGAUAUGUAGUAAAAGAAUGAAUAACAACAAUGUUGUUUCGCAGAGUUUUUAAUAAAGUUACCGGUUGAAAGAA